AUGGCCAUCUCCUCUCGCCUCGCGCUCUGGGAGCAGAAGAUUCGUGACGAGGACCGAGGGCCACCCCCGUCUGCGCCCCCCCUGCUGCUGUCGGUCAUCCCGGGGGGGUUCAUCAAGCAGCUGGUCCGGGAGACCGAGCAGGAGGCCAAGGCAGCCCGGCGCAGGAAGGAGAGCAGGGUGGGCACCAAGGAGGAGCCCGUGGGGAAGGACGGCGAGGCCCGAGGAGGGCGGGCCAGCGAGGGGCCGCUGCGGAACGGGCUGAAGGCAGAGGGGCAGGGGGCCAAGGGCGUCACAGCCCCCUCCCAAAAGGAGCUGCCCCCCGAGAAGGCUGUGCUGGGGACUGUCCCCAGCAAAACCCCAGCUCCUACACCUGGCCCAGCAGCACCUGCCCCCAAACCAGCAGAGACACCCCCCAAAAAAGCAGAACCAUCCUCCAAACCAGCAGCACCCAAACCGGCGGAGACACCCCCAAAAAGGGCAGACACCCCCUGCAAACCAGCAGAGACGUCCUCAAAAACAGCAGAGACAUCCCCCAAAACAUCAGAGGCUUCUUCCAAACCAUCAGAGACCACCCCCAAACCAGCAGACACCCCUUGCCCGGGGGCUCCCAAGGUGGGAAAGCCAUUGUGGCUAGGGAAGAGACCCAAGGACUCCUUCCUGGGGAGCAGCCCCCCAGCUCCAGCCCCUGCACCCAGCCAGGGCCCCCAGCGUGACAGCAAAGUCCCAGUGAAGGGAGGGGACGUGCCCAAGGGGACAAUCCCUGAGACCCCUGAGAGCACCAAGAAGGAAAAGGGGACAGUCCCUGAGAGCACCAAGAAGGAGAAGGGGACACCCCUGAGGCACGAGGAGCCCCCAGCCAAGGCAAAAGCCCAGAAGGAGCUAUUGUCAGCCAGGAAAGAGCCAGAGAAGAUGAAGAAAGAUGUUGGAGGUGGCAAGAAGGAGCCAAGGGAGAUCAAAAAGCCUGAAAAAAGCACAAACAAGUCAGAGGGUCUCAAGGGGGAGCCAGGAGGAAUCCAAGAGAAGGCCACAGAUGUGGGAAAAGAGGUGGGGAAGGUGAAGGAAGAGCUGGGAAAGAGUAAAGAGAUGCUGAAAGACAGCAAAGGGAAUGGCAAGAGCACAGACAAGGACCAGGCUAAAGAAACAUCGGGAAGGAGCAAAGAGAUGAGCAAGAGCACGGAAAAGGACCAGGAUAAAGAGGCAUCGGGCGAGAGCACGGACAAGGACCAGGCUCCGAGGGACGUUUGGUACGAAGCAGAGAAGGUCUGGCUGAUCCAGCAGGAUGGGUUCACACUCGCCACACAGCUGAAGCCAGACGUGGGGACACCGGAGCUGCCAGCAGGGAGGGUGAGGGUGCGCCGGGAUGACGAUGGCACCGUCACCGAGGUGGACGAGGACAGCGUGCAGAGGACCAACCCCCCCAGCCUGGACCAGGCCGAGGAUCUGGCUGCACUCAUCAGCCUCAAUGAGUGCAGCGUCCUGAACACGCUGCGGCAGCGCUUCCGCGCCCGCCUGCCCUGCACCUACGCGGGGCACAGCCUGGUGGCCAUCGCCACCGGCCCCGCGCCCCCCGGCGGGGCUGCCAAGGUCCCCAGGGGGAGGCGGGACAACCUUCCCCCGCACAUCUGCUCGCUGGCACACAGAGCCUACAGGAACCUGCUGAUGCAGAGGCAGGACCAGGCCAUUGUCCCCCUGGGGCACAGCGGGGCUGGCAGGACCCGGUGCUGCCAGAGCGCUCUGGAAUACCUGGUGGGCACGGCGGGCAGCCUGGACGGCAGGGUCUCAGUGGAGAAGAUCCAGGCGAUGUUCACAGUGCUGGGAGCCUUUGGCUCGGUGACCACCAGCCACAGCAGCAGCUCCACGCGCUUCUCCAUGGUCCUGUCGCUGGAUUUCAGUGCCACUGGCCAGGUCACUGCUGCUCACCUCCAGACCUUGCUGCUGGAGAGGGCCCGCGUUGCCCAGCAGCCCGAAGGAGAGAGCAGCUUCAACAUCUUCCCACUGCUGCUGGCAGGGCUGGAUGUGGCAGAGAGGACGAUGCUGCACCUGCACCAGGUGGCUGAGAGCAAUUCCUUUGGGAUCAAACCCUUCACAAAGCCUGAGGACAAGCAGAGAGCCUCUCUGGCCUUCUCCCAGCUCCGGGCUGCCAUGGGCACGCUGGGCAUCAGCACGGAGGAGCAGGCGGCCGUGUGGCGCAUCCUGGCUGGAAUCUAUCACCUGGGAGCUGCUGGAGCCUGCAGAGUUGGCAGGAAGCAGUUCCUGAGGUUUGAGAGCGCCAGCCGUGCUGCCGAGGUGCUGGGCUGUGAUGUGGAGGAGCUGGGCACUGCUGUCUUCAAACACCACCUGAGGCACAUCCUGGCACAGGUGACAGCACGGGGCCAGCCCCAAGCAGAGGAGAGCACACCAGGGCCAAAGCUGACAGGAGUGGAGUGUGUGCAGGGAAUGGCCUCGGGGCUCUACGAGGAGCUCUUUGCUGCUGUGGUCUCGCUCAUCAACAGGUCCUUCUCCUCCCAGCACCUCUCCAUGGCCUCCAUCGCCGUGGUGGACACCCCUGGCUUCCAGAGCCCGCGGCAGCAGCGGAGCGAGCGGGCGGCCACCUUCGAGGAGCUGUGCCACAACUACGUCCAGGAGAGGCUGCAGGGGCUGUUCUACGAGAAAACCUUCCUGUGGGAGAUGGAGAGGUACAAGGAGGAAAAUGUUGAGGUGUCUUUUGAUCUUCCAGAGCGCUCUCCACUGGCCACGCUGUCCAUCAUCGACCUGAGCUGCUCCCAGCCUCAGGUGCUCCCAGGCAGCCCCGGGGCCGCUCGCCGGGGGCUGCUGUGGAUCCUGGAUGAGGAGGUGCUGAUCCCAGGCUCGGGGGAUGGCACUGCCUUCGAGCGCCUCUGCUCCUACUUCGCCACCAAGGGACCCGACCACGAGGGUGAUGGGCACCUGCGCAGGUGUGAGCAGACCCUGCACUUUGAGAUCUGCCACCAGCUGGGCACGGCCCCUGUGCGCUACGACCUCACGGGCUGGGUCAGCAAGGCCAAGUUCAACCUCUCGGCCCAGAAUGCCAUCCAGCUGCUGCAGAAUUCCACAGUAGCCGCGGUUCGGGAGCUGGUGCAGCCGCGGGCGAGGGCUCCUCUGCCCUGCCGAGCCCUGGCCGGGCUGGACGGGCGCUCCCAGGCCGCCCUGCACCGCAACUCCUGCCUGAGGAAAACCUUCGCCAGCAGCUUCGCCGCCGUGAGGAAGAGGUCGGUGUGUGCCCAGGUCAAGCUGCAGGCGGAUGCCCUCACCAACCUCCUCCGACGGUCCCAGCUGCACUUUGUCCACUGCCUCCUCCCAGGGAUGGGCGGGGAAGGGCCAGUCCCUCGGCCCCCAGCGCCGCCAGAUGCAGCCCCACAGCUGGAUGUGGUGGCCCUGAGGACACAGCUGGAGGGGACCCAGCUCCUGGAUGCCCUGCGCCUGCACCGUGUCGGGUAUUCGGACCGGCUGCUCCUCACCCAGUUCUGCAGGCGCUUCCAGGUGCUGGCUCCGGAGGUGAUGAAGAAGCACAGCUCUGCCUACGAGGUGCCAGACGAGAGCAAGGCUGUCGAGGAGCUGUUCCAGGCGCUGGAUCUGGAGAAGAAGAGCGUUGCCAUAGGGCGCACCCAGGUGUUCCUGAAGCCAGGGGUCAUCUCCAGGCUGGAGAAGCAGCGGGACAAGCUGAUAGCCCAGAAGAUGACUCUGCUCCAGGCUGCCUGCAAGGGCUUCCUCAGCCGCCAGAAAUUCAAGAGAUUGAAGAUCCAGCGCCUCGCCAUCCGCUGCAUCCAGAAGAACCUGCUGCUGUUCCAGGCAGUCAGGCACUGGCCCUGGUGGCAGCUGCUGAGCCACGUGCGGCCCCUGCUCAGCAUUAACCUCGCCGAGGAGCAGCUCCGUGCUAAGGAAGAGGAGCUGGCGGCGCUGAGAAGGAAGCUGGAAAAAUCCGAGCAGGCGUGCAGCGAGCUCAGACAGACUACAGAGAGUCUGGAGAGCAAGAUCAUCGACCUGACCACGGAGCUGUCGGACGAGCGGUACAAGGGCGAUGUCACCUGCCAGGCCCUGGAUGGGGAGCGGGCAGAGCGGCUGCGGGGCACCCGCGAGCUGCAGGAGCUGCAGAGCAAACACGACCAAGUGCAGAAGAAGCUGGAGUCGGUGGAGAAGCAGCUGGAGGAGGCUCAGCAGCUGGUGCAGCUGCGGGAGAUGAAGAUCAGCGGCUCUGGAGGAGAGGACGAGUGGCAGGUGAGGUUUGACUGUGCCCAGACCGAGAUUGUUUUCCUGAGGAAGCGCCUGGCACAGCUGGAGGAGCGGCUGGAGGCAGAGCUGGGCACCAGGACAGGGCUGGAGCAAAAGCUGGGGGAGGCGCAGGCUGCGUGCCAGGCGGCGCGGGACGGGGCGCAGCGGCUGCGGCGGCGCUGCCAGCGCCUGGUCUGCGAGCUGGAGGACGCCCGGGUGCUGGCUGAGAACCAGCAGAGCCGCAGCCACGAGCUGGAGAAGAGGCAGAAGAAGUUUGACCUGCAGUUAGCCCAGGCCCUGGGGCAAUCUGCAUUUGAGAAAAGCCUCCGAGAGAAGCUGUCCCAGGAGAACACGAGCAUCCGUUGGGAGAUGGGCAAACUACAGCAGAGCCUGGAGCACAAGGAGGCCGAGGUGGCCAGGCUGGAGCAGCAGGUGGCCGUGCUGGCCGGCCGAGUGCAGGAGCUCAGCACCCCCGGCGCCACGGACACGGUGCCUGCGCUCAAAAAGAAGCUCUGGGACCUGGAGGGCAGCGCUGCUGAGCAGAAGAAGGAGCUGGAGCGGCAAACAGCUGCUGUUGAUCACCUGGAGCAGGUCCACGAGAGGCUGGAGCUGGAGAUCGAGCGGAUGAAGCAGAUCCACCAGAAGGAGCUGGAGGACAAGGAUGAGGAGCUGGAGGACAUGCAGAAGUCCUGCCAGAAGAGGCUCCGGCAGCUGGAGCUGCAGCUGGAGCAGGAGCACGAGCAGAAGCAGAUGGUGCUGCACGAGAAGCAGGACCUGGAAGGGCUCAUUGGCACCUUGUGUGAGCAGAUCGGCCACCGCGACUUCGACGUGGAGAAGCGGCUGCGGCGGGACCUGCGCAGGACCCGCGCCCUCCUGGCCGAUGUUCAGCUGCUGCUGGCGGCCCCGGCAGAGCCCGGGGGCAGCACCCAGGAGCUGGAGCACCUGCACAAACAGCUGGAAGAGAGUGAAGCAAAGUGUGCAGAGGCUCAGCGAUCCCAGCAGACAGCAGCCCUGGAGCUGGAGAACCUGCACACGGAGCUGGAGACCCUCAGCAGGAACAAAACCCUGGUGGAUGAGCAGCUGUUCCAGGUGCAGCGUGAGAGGGAUGACCUGCUGAAACGCAUCGAUGAGGACCAGGAGGACCUGAACGAGCUCAUGGAAAAGCACAAGGCUCUGAUCGCCCAGUCAGCCACAGACAUCGCUCAGAUCCGGGAGCUGCAGACACAGGUGGAGGAGAAGAAAGAAAAGCAGAGCCUGCAGGAGAAGCUGCAGGCAGCUCAGGCCAGGGCGGCACAGCUGGAGCAGUGCCCGGCCGAGCGCUCCAUCGUCAGCCGGCAGGAAGCGCGGAUCCGGGACCUGGAGAGCCAGCUGGACUUCCAGGCUGUGCAGAUGAAACGCUUCGAGGUGCUGGUGCUGCGCCUGCGGGACAGCAUCAUCCAGAUGGGAGAGGAGCUGGAGAAGGCAGCGGAGUCGGAGGCGCGGGAGAGGGAGAACACCAGGUACUACCAGAGGAGGAUGGAGGAGAUGAAGGCUGACAUGGAUGAGCUGGUGCAGAGGGAGCUGGAGUCCAGCCGGCGGCGCAUGGAGCUGGAGCAGCAGCUGGCAGAGCUGGCAGAGGUGAGGCAGGUGCUGCAGGCUGACCUGGGCACCUCCAUCCGCCGCAUCGCAGACCUGCAGGUGGCCCUGGAGGGGCUGCGUGACAGCGACGACAGCGACGGUGACAGCGUGCGGACGGCGCGGGAGUCGCUGUGCUCCAGGAGAGACACGGAUGCCUGCUCCAGUGUUGGCUCCGUGCUCAGCCUGGAGCCUGCAGAGAGUGUCAAGUCCUGGGCGAGUUCCUCCACAGGCUGGACAUCCCUGGCGAGUGCCAGCGUGGCCGGGAGCAUUGCAGCACCAUCCGUGGGCAGCCGCAGCACCCAGAGCCUCAGGAUAAGCAGAGACACCAAGGAGCCCACUCUGAGUCGGCCACUGUCCUCCCGGAGCGCAGAUCCAGGGAGCACAGCGAGUCCCCUGCUGGGAGCCAGAAGACGGGAAUAUGGCAAACCUCUGGCAGAAGAAGAGGAGAUGGAGAGCCCAAAGAAACCCGUGGAUAAGAUAGGAGAGACAUCCCCAUCGGUGCUGCGGCAGGGUGGCUCCCCGGCUCCGGAUGGGAGGUUGCCCAGCGCGGUGUCCCCGCUGGUGCCCAGCAGGAGGAGGCUCUCGGUGGCGUCGGGGUCGCUCUCGGUGUCCUCGGGGCCGGUGUCCAGCUCUGCUGCCCUGUCCGAGUACGUGGAGGAGCUGCGGCGGCAGCGGGGAGCGGAGCGGGAGCCGGGGCUGCCGGCGCUCGGGGACACCUCUCCGCUCCCCAUUUACCGCACCACCGGUGCCUCGGCCCUGCGGCGCUCCAGGGCUGUCCCUGCGGCCGAGGAGCCCCCGGGGAGGCUGGAGGGAGAUCGGGCAGGGGAAGGUGAAGGAGCAGGUGCCAGCCUCACGCGCUCCUCCAGCUUGAGGAGCAUGGCCUCGGAGCCGGCCGAGCCCCCGCAAUCCCCAGCGCUGAAAAAGGCGUCGAAAUUCGGCUCCUACGACUCGCUCCUGCCGGCCCCCGACGGCUCCGGCCGCCGGCCGAGCUCCCCGGCUGCCGGCAUGGAUUUGCCAAGGCUGAGCUCCUGGAGGAGCUGCCUGGAGCCGUCGCUGGAGGAUGUGGAGCUGGGGAAGGAGCCGGAGGGAUUUCUGAGCUCCCUGUCCAGCGAUGGGCUGGGUGAGGGCAAGGGCAGCGACCCCUUCAGCUGGCGAAUCCCCACCCUCAACUACGAGAGGAGAACCAAGGUUGACUUCGAUGAUUUCCUGCCGGCCAUCCGCAAAUGCUCCACCAGCAGCCUGGGCAGAGCCCGCAGGGACAGGAGGGACGGACACCGGCCCCUCACCGUGCGCUUCGAGGACGAGGCCAUCGCGGCCGCUCCGGAGGCCUCUGACACCAAGGGCAUGGCCAAGGGCAGCCGGGAAGAGCUGGGGGAUGUCUCUGACUCCUCCUCGUCCUCUGGCUCCCGCCUGUCCUCCCGCAGCGCCGACAGCAUCAAGCCGCCGCAGCCCCCGAGAGGGGACGGGGAGGGCUCCAGCAGCCAGGGCAGCGGGAUGAGCGCGAGAGCCGAGGCCGAAGGGAAGGAGGACGAUGUCAGCAGCAUCAUGAAGAAAUACCUGGGCAAAGACUAAGGAAGCAAAUUUGCAUAAUGCACCGUCCCACUUUCUGCAGGAUUUGUUUCGAUCGAGCACAGCAGCUGGCCCCGACCCGCAGUGACGAGGAGCACGUUGGGCACACAGCUUCCCUGCUCCUGCAGAACCACCUCACGUCAGCACAGACCUCAAAGGGCUCCACAGAAGUCAUGGGAUGGUUCUACACACUUUUUUGGUCUUGGACAUACCGUGGUUUCCUUCUGCUCCCGCCCCAUUUCCCAGUGCAGCAGCUUUGCUCAGGGCCAGCCGCGGGGACAAGGACUUUCCUGUUCUCCUGCAGUUGUUUGACGUGGGAGUUGGUGCUUUAAUUAAAACCCAGCGGCUGCCACAGAAGCUGAGGAUGUGCCAUGGCCCGGGAAAGGCUCCAAGAGGAGCUGGAGGGACACCAAACCCCUCCUUUGUAACCCAGAGCUGCAGCCCAGGUGUCUCACCCCACGUUGCACUGCUCAAAAAUCAGCUUUGAGGAUUCUCUUGGGUCUCAGCGUGACACCCAGCAACAGCAGAGCUCUGGAGCUUUCAUAAUUCCACAGGUAUUUGAAGAUGGAUCCAUCUGUGCUUCCAUGGCUCCAGCCUGUGGGCACAUCCCAGUGGCAUGCAAGGCACAUGUGUGGGGGCAAUGGGGGGCUCUAUUUAAAGUCUGCUUGGUUUUUACACAAUAAAAUAUUUGCUUCUUUGACACACCAGGUCCCUUCUUGUUAUUCCUUUCCCCAGGUCCGUGGAAGUGGUGCAGCACAGAGCUGAUCGCAUCCUUCCAAAAAAACUUCUCAGCCUCACCCUUCUCUCCCUAGAAGAGUCCCAAACUUAUUCCUUGAUCAGAGGUUUGGGACAAAAGGAUGUAGGUCCGUGCACAAAUCUGUCCUCUCCAUCAGAGAUUUCCAAGCCAUUUGCUUGGCUGGGAAAUCUGCACAGAUUUGCACAACCUCCCAGGAACCCCUGGGACAGCCACAGGGCAAUGGCAGCUUGAAAGGCCAAUUGGGCACUGUUCAGCAUUUUGUUUUGCCUGUUGGAUUCUUCACCUUCACUUCUAAUUUAAAGCAAAGCCUUGCAGCAAGCAGCAUUUUCCUUGUCAGCGAUGGAUGGGGAGCCUGGGGAUGAGGGCUCACAUCAGCACUUUGCUCGGCCGCCUGUCAGCAAUUCCCAACCAUUCCUGGGUCCUGGCAGCUCUGCAGGGCCAGCAGCCUGGCAGGAUGCUCAGGGUGACAUUCCCUGUGCUCCCACGUGUCCCUCUCACGACGUGUGCCUCAUGCAAGAAGGCGCAGAUGAAGAAAUUGGCUCUAAUUAGUUUUAAAUCGGUCUUUUUUUAAUGAUUCUGCUAUUUCUGGGAGGAAAAAGCAAAUGCUUUUCUCUUUUGCAGUGAGUAUUUGGAGUGCUCCCCAGAGGGAUUUCAUAGACCAGGGAAUCACAGAAGGGUUUGGGUGGGAAGGGACAUUAAAAAU